UGUAGGUACAUGUCAUUGUACUUCGAGAGCUCAAACAGAUUUUGUGAGAAGCUUUAAUUCAAUAAUAAACAGUGCAACAACAAAAGCAAAAAAAAACAUGCGAGACAGUGCAGGAGAAAGAACUCCUCUAUUGACUAACAACGCAAAAUAUUUCAAAUCAAGGAAACAUCUGUUGUGGAGAUUCCAGUGCUGUAUGUAUGGCAUCGUAAUGUUUAUUUUGGCUGUAAUCCUUAUCAUCCUAAUAUCCAAAAAUGUAAAUAAAACUGGCGAGACAUCGACAGAUCCUGAAAUAACUGAAGUGGCAUCAUCGUCUCCAAUAUUCUUCUUCACUUGGCCUGUGGCAGAUGUAAACGUGUCAAAAAUGUUUGACGACGAUAGAGAAUUAUGGAGUUCAUCCGUAAUCGCUGGUAGAGUAGCUCUAACAAAUAAAGAUACCAUUGAACAAAACAUGCAGCAUUUAGACAUCGAUAGUCCCAGCUAUAAACAUCAAAAGGUAUUUCCUUAUUCAGAAAAAGGAGAACAUUAUUCCAACAUGGGAUACGCUAGAGAUUUUGCUACUAAAUUUUUCCUUGAUAACAAAAAUGUUUCCAUUCCUAUAAUUAUCUGUCAAAAUGAAAGCGAAGAUGUUCUACUUUAUGGAAAUCGUCAUGAACAUAUGGUGGUGUGCAAAAGCAAUUCUAAAUUUCGCAGUUACAAUGGUAGCUGCAACAAUCUACUACAUCCAAAUGAAUAUGGUGCAGCUUUACAAAAAUUUAGAAGAGCCUUGCCUCCUGACUACGGAGACGGUUUAAGCACACCUAGAAAAUCUUCUAAAGGUCGAGAUCUUCCUCCAGCUCGAACCAUUAGUAACAAAGUUCACCCAACAACCGUUCAAGACGUCCCGGAUUUUACCAUAAUACUGACAAUAUGGGGCCAAUUCCUGGACCACGAUGUAACGGCAACGGCUCUCUCAAGAGGCCCAAAUGGGUCUUCCAUCUCCUGCUGCGUACCAACAGUCCAUCCUGAAUGUUUUCCAGUGUUUCUGGACAACAACGACCCUUACUACCGAAAAUUCAAUAUAACCUGCAUGGAAUUUGUGCGCUCUGCACCUGCUCCGGGUCCCUGUUUGGGUCCCAGGGAGCAGAUGACACAAACAUCUGCAUUCAUCGAUGGGUCUGUCAUAUAUGGACCUGACGAAACGACAUCAAAUAUGUUAAGAUCAUUUCGAAAUGGUCAACUAAAAAUGCUGGUGACCAAUGAAAAUAGAACACUGUUACCCAUCUCUGAUGAUCCCACAGAUGGUUGUAACAGGGAAGAGGAGAUGAAAAGAGGAAGAUAUUGCUUCAUGACAGGGGACUCCAGGGCGAACGAGAAUCUCCUCCUAACGACCAUGCACCUGAUCUGGGCGAGACACCACAACAGUGUCGCAAAAGAAUUAUCCUUGAUCAAUUCCCAUUGGGACGACAAGCGAGUUUUUCAAGAAACUCGAAAAAUAAUUGGUGCUCAAAUGCAACACAUCACUUACAACGAGUUCUUGCCCAUAAUACUCGGUAGAGAUAUUAUCGAGAGAGGCGGUCUGAGGCCGCUGAGAAGGAUGGGAUAUUACGACGGCUACGGAAUUGACGUAAAUCCCACAAUAGCUAACAACUUCGCAACUUCCGCCUUCAGGUUUGCUCACAGUCUAAUACCGUCAUUAAUAAAAUUAUCUGGGGGACCGAAGUACAACAGCGAAUACAUAAAAUUGCACGAAAUUUUAUUUGAUCCGUUUUAUUUGUACAACUCGGAGGAUCUUGACAGGAAUCUCCAGGGGGCCGUACAAACGUCCGUUCAGGCCAACGACCCCUAUUUCUCCGAACAGCUUAGGGAGCACCUGUUUGAGGGUAUUAAUCGGAAAACUGGGAAUAAAACGUGCGGAUUGGAUUUGGUAUCCUUGAAUAUCCAAAGAGGCAGAGAUCAUGGAUUGCCAGGGUACAUCAAGUGGCGUCAAUAUUGUGGAUUCAAGAAAGUUGAAACGUUCGACGAUUUAAAAAACAUUAUCAAUAAUGUGUCCUAUGUAGAAAUCAAACAAGUUUACAGGAACGUAGGAGACAUAGACCUAUACACUGGCGCUUUAAGUGAGCAUCAUGUUAAAGGAAGUAUCCUUGGAGCCACCUUUGCCUGUCUUGUCACCGAUCAGUUUGUCAGAUUGAAAAGGGGAGACAGAUUUUGGUACGAGAACCCACCACCCGAGGGAUUCACUCUGGAUCAAUUGGCUAGCAUAAAAGCAACGACACUAGCGAAAAUUCUUUGUGACAAUUCCGAUCAUGUGAAGGCGAUACCCAAAUCUGUCAUGAAAAAAGUUGGCAAAUCUAACAAAUACAUCUCCUGUUCUGAUUUAAGGAAGACAAGAUUGGAAUAUUGGAAAGACGACGUCUAAAACUUUUACCUUUCAUUUACACAUACAUAGCAAACGUUAUUUAUCAAAAUCAGAUAUUAAUUAACAAUUUUGAUUAAUUAACAGUAGGAAAUAUCAUAA